CGUCGCGCAAGUAUGGCGGUAAUCCUAUCAGCUGAUAGUGUCUGUCGUUGAGAUGACGGAACAGAUUUUGGUUAAUCAGAUUAGCUCAUAGUAAGCACCCCCUUCCUCGCCACCAUCGAUGAACAUAAGUUGCGUGUGCUGCUGGUCUACGUUACGUAUAUACGAUGCAAAUGACGCAUAGACGCAUAGAAUGCUGAUGCAUUUCUCGUACGUUGACACAAGAUACUACGAUACCAAGGAAGAACCGAAGACGAGCACGCAUCGCUGACAAGCGGAAGAGAAUUCGCGGGAAUGUCGCAAGGUCUAGGCAGGGUUCCGUCGAGUCGAAAAGUGAAAGGUUAAGAACCUUGAUUUCGGCGACGAUUGAAGGAGAAACCGCGAGAGCGAGUCCGCUUUGAUCGCGGAUCGGCCUGCGUGAGCGGAUCAAUCUGUGAUGAGCGACUCCGAACAGCGGCAAUUGCACGUGCCUUAUCGAGAGUACCACAGUCAGAACAAUACCGGUCCCGCGGUCACUCUCGUGGAAACCGAUGCGCUGGUGGAUCUGUCCAUCAGCAACCAUCAUCAGCGUCUAUCGUCGCAGAACGAGCUGCCACCGGCGCCGCCACCGCCACCACCACUGGCGGAUCUCCUGCCCGACGUUGAGUUCAUUCCCGGUCUGAGCAACGACCAAACUCUAGCCAUAGAUUCUUCCGGGAUCGACCGGGAGAGCCAGCCUCUCCUCGGUCGCUUGGAACUCGAUGUUACGUUCAACAGAUUUCCAGAUGAUCCACAAUUCACGGAACUGGUGUGGCAAGCUGAGUGUGCAAUAGACAAUGGGGUUUAUCCAGAGAGGAUAUACCAGGGUUCCAGCGGUAGUUACUUUGUCAAAAAUCCCACAGGGAAAAUAAUAGGUGUAUUCAAGCCAAAGGAUGAGGAACCUUACGGCAGGCUGAAUCCAAAAUGGACAAAAUGGAUGCACAAGCUCUGCUGUCCCUGCUGCUUUGGCAGAAGUUGUCUGAUCCCGAAUCAGGGAUACCUGAGCGAGGCGGGCGCAAGUCUGGUCGAUCGCAAAUUAGGCCUCGGCGUCGUGCCGAAUACUAGAGUAGUGAAACUUGUCAGCGAAGUGUUCAAUUAUCCACGACUGGAUCGUCAGAAGGCACGCAUGAAACAGGCUAUCAUGGACCAGUUUCCCACAGUGGGAUCGCACUUCAAUCGUAUCGGCUUGCCACCAAAGGUCGGUUCUUUCCAAGUCUUCGUGGACGGCUACAAGGACGCUGACUAUUGGCUAAGAAGAUGGGAAAACGAAUCUAUGCCGGCGCAUUUAAGUCGAGAAUUUCAACUUCAAUUCGAGCGUUUAGUCAUAUUGGAUUAUAUCAUCAGAAAUACAGACAGGGGUAAUGACAAUUGGCUGAUCAAGUAUGACACUAGCAUCAACAAAAAUGGAUCCGAGCAAGGUGAAGUGAAGAUCGCGGCGAUCGAUAAUGGCUUGGCCUUUCCUUUCAAGCAUCCGGAUUCUUGGCGGGCGUAUCCUUAUCAUUGGGCAUGGUUGACCCAGGCAAAACAACCGUUUAGCGAAGUCACGAGAGAGCUAGUCUUGCCGCAACUCUCGGAUCAGAACUUUGUACAGGAUCUUUGCGACGAUCUAUACCAAUUGUUUAAACAAGAUAAGGGUUUUGAUCGGCAUCACUUUGAUAGACAAAUGAGUGUGAUGCGUGGUCAGAUCUUGAACCUACAACAGGCCCUGAAAGACGCCAAAAGCCCAGUACAAUUGGUACAAAUGCCGGCUGUAAUUGUGGAAAAGGCCAAAGGAAACGGUGCUCCCAGGUUGUUUUCGUUCUCUGACACGUUUACUCAGCGCUUCCAGAACAAGAGCCCAUUCUUCUCUUGGUGUUGAAGAAAGGAGUUGAGUCAAGUGUUUGUGAAUCAGUGUCAGUCAGAUGAUGGAACUGUCCUGCCCGUCGCGCGAAUAAUGUGUAAUGAAUUAUUUUUCUAAGUUUAUCCUAUUACACAUUUCUACCUCUCUUUCUUAAGUUUUAUUUCUGUGCGACUGCAGAUUAAUCAGGAGGAGAUGAUUAUCACUUUUAGGCUGUCCUAUAUUUAUAUAUAUAUUUAAUCUCUUUUUCUCUCUCAGUUUUUAAUUGAGAUAUAAAAUAAAAUUCGUACAACUAUAUAUUGUAUACAGUAAAUACAUAUAUAUAUGUAUAAUAUUAAAUUACAGAUUUUUUUAAUGCGCUUAAUGUGCGAAAAAAAGUGUAAAUUAGGCGCGUUUAAAAUUUAGCUAUACAUAAUAUAUAACCCACAAAUAUGGCAUAAGCCAAGUUGCACGCUUGAAAUACAUCUCUCGUGUCUUCCACAUUCACGUACACAUUGUAGCUUGUGCCAAUUGGUGAAAAGAGUUCAUAAAUCAAUGCCUAGAGAACUAAUGUCAUACAGCUACAAUUUAGAAAAAUUGAAAAACAAAAUAUCUUAUAUUCUUCUAUAUUUGAAGGUAUAUGAUAUUUUCUUUUUUUCGUUUUUUGCGUCAAAAUAUGAUGUUAGUUUGUCACACACAAGAGGUGUUGAUUAUUAGAUACUUAAAAUGCUGUAUACAAUUUUUUAAAAUUAAACUGUGAUCUUUCGCGAUACACACGUCGUUUCACACGUGUAUUGAUGAACGAAAAAAUUCCAUGUAGUUACAACAACGCUCUAACCAUUAAGUACAAAUUAAAUUGCUACUGAAAUACAUGGACGAAAUAGAGUUUCUAGUGCAAUUUGUA